GGCUGGGGGCGCUGGGCGCUGGGUGUGGGGCGGCUCCGGGGCCGGGGAUGGCGGCGGCGGCGGCGGCGGCAGCGGCUCCUCAGGCCACGGCCCUGACACCAGCGGGAGGAGCCGAAAAAGCGCCGUGAGAUGGGCCGGCUACCAAGCCAGUCGGAGGAGACUGCUUCAUAUUACAAUUGCCCAGAAGCAUUGCUGGAAGCUCAGCAGAUGUGGGUGCCCCAGUCAACAGUGGAAGGGGGUACAAGGAAAUCACAGAGAAGUCUGUUCUGAUGUCCCCAGAAGCAAAUCAACCCCCUCCGGGCUCUGGGAAUACUACAAAGCAAUAUGAAACCUGUUCAUGAAAGGAGUCAGGAAUGCCUUCCACCAAAGAAACGAGACCUCCCUGUGACCAGCGAGGAUAUGGGGAGGACCACCAGCUGCUCAACCAACCACACACCCUCUAGUGAUGCCUCUGAUUGGUGUCGGGGGGUAGUGGUGACUGGGCAGACCCAGGCAGGAGUAAGACAGAGUGUUGGUAGUGAUGGAGUGGAGGCCAUCACUGGCCUGACAGUAGACCAAUAUGGUAUGCUGUACAAGGUGGCUGUGCCACCAGCCACGUUUUCCCCAACUGGCCUCCAUCCUGUGGUGAACAUGAGCCCCCUGCCCUCUGCCUUUAAUGUAGCAUCAUCACUGAUUCAGCAUCCAGGAAUCCACUAUCCCCCCAUCCAUUAUGCUCAGCUUCCCCCUACUUCUCUUCAGUUUAUUGGAUCUCCUUACACUAUGCCCUAUGCCAUGCCACCCAAUUUUCUCCCUAGUCCUCUGCUCUCACCUUCUGCCAACCUCACAACUUCUCAUGUUCCUCACUUCGUGCCAUAUGCCUCACUCCUGGCAGAAGGGGCGACCCCUCCCCCCCAGACCACAUCUCCAGCCCACACUUUCAACAAAGUCCCUGCUGCCACCUCCCCACCCGCUCAGCUGCAGCAUCACUCAGGCACUCAGCCAGCGGACCUCACUCCAGGCCGAGUGCCCAUUUACUAUCAGAUGUCUCGGCUCCCCACUGGGUAUACAACACACGAAAUCCCUCCGACAGGAGCAAGCCCAGAUUCUGCCCCUGCACUACAUGAGGUCCAACCUGUUCCAGAUGUAACUACUCCCAAUGGAGGGCAGAGACAAAUGGAACGGAACAUGGUGAGACGAGAAAGUGAAGCCAUGGACCCCCCAGGCAACAAGGAUGUUGGCCAGGGACUAGGACCAGUGGUGGAGUGUGUGGUGGACGGACAGCUGUUUUCAGGUUCUCAGACUCCACGGAUGGAGGUGGCGGUGCCGGCACACCGAGGGACUCCAGAUACCGACCUAGAGGUCCAGAGAGUGGUCGGAACUUUAGUGUCUCAGGACUAUCGGGUGGUGGCAACUCAGAGGAAAGAUGAGCCCAGCCCCCUCAAUCUAUCCCAUCAUGCUCCUGAUCAUCAGGUUGAGGUGAGAGGGCUGGCUAGGAACCCAGUAGAAAUGACAGAGAAAAGCCAGGCCCAGGGCCUCUAUACCCAGUCUCCUCAAGAGCUGGCAAAACAUAGACCUUUACCCAAAGCAAUGGUUAUAGCCAAUGGCAAUUUGGUGCCCAUUGGUACCGAGCAGGGCCUGCUCUCCAUGGGGUCAGAAAUCCUGGUGACGUCAAGCCUGGAUAUGCAGGUUCAAGCCACUUUCCCAAACAAGGAGCCAAGCCCCCCACCCAGCACCUCUUCCCAUUUGCCCUCUCACUUCAUGAAAGGUGCCAUCAUCCAGUUGGCCACAGGAGAGCUGAAGCGGGUGGAGGAUCUGCAGACCCAAGACUUUGUACGCAGUGCAGAGGUGAGCGGGGGCCUGAAGAUCGACUCCAGCACUGUGGUGGACAUUCAGGAGAGCCAGUGGCCCGGCUUUGUCAUGCUGCAUUUUGUGGUCGGGGAGCAACAGAGCAAAGUAAGCAUUGAUGUGCCCCCUGAACACCCUUUCUUUGUGUAUGGCCAGGGCUGGUCCUCCUGUAGCCCUGGGCGGACAGCACAGCUCUUCUCUCUGCCUUGUCACCGGCUACAGGUGGGAGAUGUUUGUAUCUCUAUCAGUUUACAGAGCUUGAACAGUAACUCGGUUUCUCAGGCUGGUUUCCCUCUCUCAGAGCAGUUGGGUCCCUCCCAAGAGAGGCCCGAGAGGACAGUCUUGGGAUCCAGAGAGCCAUCUGACAGUGACAGGAAGAGCCAGCCUCCAGGAGAGGGGGCAUUGGCCCAGAGCUCCCACACAGUGGAGCCCUCCCAGCCUGAGCCUGCUCCGUCCUGCUGGCCAGCCACGGGCUUCCAAAGAUACAGUGUGCAGGGGGAGGAAGCACGGGCCACUCCGCUCCGUCCCUCUUUCAUUCCACAGGAGGUGAAACUCCCAUUGAAGGGCGUUUCUAAUGCAGGAAAAUGAACUCUUCUCCCUAUUCUAGGACCAGAGUUUUAGUCCUGAGGCUGAGUCUCACACCGUGAGCAGGUGGAGAAUUUGCUCAUGCUUGAGUAGUUAAUCCACGCUCUUAGCCAUGGGAAUUUGGGGAGGGAGGAGAGAGACACUCAGCCUUGUGCCAUAGGGUUUGUAAGGUUUAACACCCUCGGCAUCCUUCUGGGAUGGCUCCAGAAAAUGCUUAGGUUGGGGAGUGAGGGUAGGGGGGGGGCAGAGGUGCCAGCCUCAGCCUGGGAGGGGGUUGACACAUCCAAGCACUGGCACCACCUCCCUGUCUUCCCCUUGCUCAGCCCCUGUAUCAGAGAAGCCCAAGCAAUCAGGAGGCAAGGGGGCGAGGGAGGGCCACAAAGUAGAGCCAAAAACUAUGAUCCACACACAGCUUAGAGUAGCAGCAGUUCAACUGUCUGAGUAUUUUCCUCCUCUCUUUUGGGGGUGGGGGGAAGGGAGACCCCCUCUUUGGAAUAAGGGGCUCCUACCCCAGAGCCCUCCAUUUGAGAGAUGUGCACUUUAAAGGGGUAAUUUUGUUACAGAGGGGUCAUCUCUGGGUUUGUGGGCAUGGAACACAGUCUCCUCUACAGGCUUGUAUUUAGGCCUCGGCACCUUCCUCCUCCCCCACCCUUUUUCACCAGGCAUAUACAGCGAAAGACCUUGAGGGCUGGAGGGAAAUGUGAACACCUCCAGGAUCAAAAGAAUUGAAGGGGAUUGCUAAGAGGAUCCAGACUGGCAGAAAGCUGGCAGCCAGAGAUCACUGGAGGAAAGAGCUAUUAGGGAAGUAGAGGGAGAACUUAGGGGAAUGCAUGGGCUUCACGAAGUCCAACCUGCUUAGAUCAUUAGGAAUGAGCUCAAAGUCAUCUGAAGGUCCUAAAUCAGUAAUGGAGAGUCCUUAGAAAAAACAAGUGUACCAGACUUUCCUUAGACACACUUGCACUCCCUCCUCUCUUUGCUAAAUGUGCCCAAGUGCCUGCACUUCCCCAUCUCUGUACUAGCCUUUGGCAGAAUUGUUCUAUUCAGGCCUCUUCCCAAGGCUCUGCUACCUCACCAGUCUCAUCUGCCCUACUAAACCCACUAAUUCUCCAGGGACUCUCUGGGUCUCCCCUUGACUUCAUUUACUUUUCUUCCAUUUCCAAAGUCCCCUGGGCAUCCUGGGCAGCGUGUCCUGUGCUCUUU